AGGCGAUCGCUUGGGUGUGGUUAUCACUAACUUAACUAAGACUGAAACUCAUCUCCCUCAGUUUUAGUGGGCGUGUGACGGCUUGAUGUAAAACGCCCCAUGAACAUUUGUGCGGAGGCGAAAUGGAGUUUUAGUAGUCUUCUGUUGUAGUCUGCUUUUUUGAUGCAUGGUCUAUUAGUUGUGGAAAAACCUGAUGGGGAAUCUUUUGUUUGUAUGCUAAUAGUUCCUCCGUUGGCGGAUCAGCCUUUUGUCCACGCACAGGUUUAUAGGGACAAUGCACCCGCUGACGUUUAUCCCAGUGUGAGGAUUGCACCGCUAUAUUUUUACCUCCAAACUCUUGAGAUACAGAAGUCCUGCCAUGAGUUGUCUGGAUGUUAUGUAUCAUCAGACUUAUGGAGCCCAUCAGUACUUGCCGGCGACAUCGGCGGCUUACAAGGCUGCGUAUUACCGUCGCCAGCAGAAACAGCAGAGGGAUGCCCCCCACACUUGUGAUGUCACUGCCCUGAUGUCACUCUCCCCCGCCAUAUCUUUACAGAAGAAACUCUGCUUCUACAGAAAGAUGCAGGACUCUCUGGAAGUAACAGUGGAGGGAAAAGAGCAAAAAGAGGAGCGUGGCAGGGAGAGGGCGGGUGGAGAAAGGGAGCCUGCAAAGGAGGCUCCACCCGCAGAGGCUGAGUACCUGAGCUCCAGGUGCGUCCUCUUCACCUAUUUCCACGGAGACAUCAGUGACGUGGUGGAUGAGCAUUUCUCCCGCGCUCUGAGCCAGUUCAGCGCCUUUACUGAGGACAGGAAAGGCAGCCAGACCCCCUUAGGAGGACGCUGGAAAGAUGGACCAUCUCUCCCUGCAGGUCCCUGCACCGGAUUCCCGUCGUCCCUGUGGAGCAGCAGUUACCCCCCACAGAGCAGUCCCUGUGUCCCCUCCGUCCAUCCCGAUAUCCCCCCAGGCGCCGCUUUCCAUUCUGGGGAACCCAGCACAUGGGCUGGGCACAGUCUCCACCAGCCUGGCCUGCCUGCCUCAGCCACCCUGUCAGAGUCUUGGCACUAUGCCCUGGGGGGCCAAGGAGGCACGAGUUACCCUCAUGUGCAUGAGGUGUACCCCCACGUUCACGCCCAUCACCCGCAUCCGCACGCCCAUCACAUGCUCCACCACACCCACAACCCAGCCCUGGACCCCCGUUUCAACCCACUGUUGCUCACCAGCGUGCGUCCAGCCUGCAACUCUGCCCCGCACUGUGAGGGGACCAAGACUGUCCCAGAGACAGGCAGCGGUCCUGCACACAGCUGGCCCAGUUCAUUCCAUGGGUCUCUGGACAUCGUUGAUCCAGGUGGGUGUCGUGGAUCCGGAGAAAGGAAAGCCUUCUGUUUGGUUCUGAGAUGAAGGUGGUGAGUGAAGCCUUCUAACAGACAGUUUCCUGCGCUAAGACAGCGAGCGUGAUGAAUUCCCUGGGAAUUCUUUCCGGAAAAGAAACUGUCUCCUUAGGUUCAUGCACAGCGGCGUCUAUCAAGAACAUUAAAGUUUUACCAAAGCCAAAAGACUUGCCUUACGUGGGAUUUUUGAUGAGAUUUACAAAGUGGUAUGUUGCCAAAGAGAGAAGGUUCUCUCAGGAAGGACAUCUUUGUGACAGGACCUGGAUUCUAAGGUAUACUUUUCUUUUUUAAAACCUGUUAUGAUUUUGAUUUGAAUUUUAUUUUGAAUUGUUGUGAGUCCAUGUACACCCCGAUAGUUCUGUUUAAAGAACUGAUAUUGUUUGUGCACUACAGCUCAGCCUAUUAGAGAUGUUAUAUUGCUGGAAAAUCCCUUUAACUAACAGUAUCAUAUUUUGUUUAACAUAGAGUAUAAUAUCAUCCUUAGUGGUUUGUUAACUGCUUGGACGCAGUUGGUGGUUAAUUUCUUGGGCUUUCAUUUUCUUUCAUCGUUUACGUGUGUACCAUGAAUAUUUGCCUUUAUGGUGCAAGUUGGUGUAGCCAUUGAUGUGAAUUUAUAAAUUGCUAAGUUCUAUUGGCAAAUACUCAUUAGUUCCCUUUGCAUGAAAAAAAAAAGUGUAAUUGCAAUAUUAAAUAUUUUAAUGUGAAUCAGAUGUGCAUUGGAAAUAUACUGUUGACUCAAAAUCAAACUUUUCUCUCAAUGCA